AUGAAACCAGCUCACCCAACGGCGCGCAAAGCAACCAAGGCUCGCGAAGCCGUCAAGCACACCAAGACAUUCUCCGGCUGCUGGACCUGCCGUGAUCGACAUGUGAAGUGUGACGAGGCGAGGCCCCAUUGUGCACGAUGUCUCAAAGGCGGAUUCCAAUGCCAGGGGUACGGCAUCAAGCUCGUCUGGGUCGACCCGGACAGUCAAGAACGCGAGCAGAACAUCAGACGGGUCAUCGGCGCACCCGCCAUCUACGACGACGGAUCGAAUUUUGUGAAUGUCGACGUCCACGAGGCGUUGGAGGAAAUAGAGAGUAUCUCGCCAGGAGCAGCAUGUCUGUCAUCGGGUCCAUUCUCGGUCUUUCCGGUGCAAAGACCCGGAACGAAUUAUGUUGAGCCAUCUCAGGGACCAAAACUGCUGGCACUUCCAAACCGCGAAAGAAGAUGUUCGGCUUCGCCAACAGAUUGGUCAGAGGGGAUCUCGCACGGCAAUGGAGAUGACCUGAUCGAAGUCGUCAUCUCCCCAUCCACCAUCCAUCCCCGAACUCCAUCCUAUGCCCCAGACACGCCCACACAGUGGCCAUCAAGUCCAGCUACCCCGCUAACAAUACGCCAUCUCGACCUUCUCCCCCGGCCUGCUGAACAACGAGACCUUAUCCACCACUGGACAAACUUCGUCUGCUGGCACCUAGUUCCCGUGGACCGGCCGGACAACCCUUUCCGCAGCGUCUUCACGCCUAUGGCUCUGGCGGGCCUCGCGUCGCCAUCAAACCAAUCCAACGGACAGAUUGCCCUGUUCCACGCGCUGUGCGCCACCUCGGCAUUCAGCCGCGGGCAACUCCUCAAUGGGGACAGCAAGAACUUCACGCUGGCGAUGAAGCACUACAACCUCGCAAUCAUGCACUUGCGCCACAGCCUAGUGAAUUUCAAGGACGGAGAUAAUGAGCUCGGUCAAGCUCAGCUCCAACGGGGCUCCAUCCUCGCCACCAUAACUAUGUUCUCGGCAAUGGACAUGAUCACCGGUCGUUCGAGCGAAUGGCGUACGCAUCUGCAGGGCGGAGCCUCCUGGCUGUCCACGAUAGAAAAGAGCGAGUGGGAUCGCGACAAGUCCUCCUCGAUGGUCUACCAAGGUUAUCUCGCUAUUGCAGCUCUGUGUAACAUCAAUCUCCCCUCAAGCAUCGAUGUCGAAUCCGAAAGUUUCCUAGGGGACGAGAGAAACUACGUGCUCGAUCGAUUCUUCGGCCUCACCCGUCCGAUACUGAGACACAUCGUAGUUAUGAAUAGCCUGAUUAAGCGCAUUUCUACCACAGCCUCGGAGCCGCCAACCGCCGAAAUGUUGGACGAUCUGGAAACCCAACUAUACGCCCAAACACCGUCGAAUCUUGACCUCUCAGGCCUUCCACCCCUUGCGCAAUCCCUAACCCUUCACCACGCCUACGUCUUCUACUAUGCCUCGAUAGUAUAUUUCCUUCGUACAGUUCGACGACUCCCUCCGCAAGCGCUGUGCAUCCAGAAUACGGUUUCGAAAGCUGUUACGCACCUGGAAGACAUCGAAAGUUUGGGGGGUGAUAGUAUAGGCUGUACAUUAGUUUGGCCGCCGUUCAUAGUGGCGUGCGAGUGCCUAACCGAGGAAAUGCAAUCCCGGAUGCUUAACUGGUAUAGAGUGAAGAGAAGGCAUGGAUUCAUGAACCUGGAGAUUUCGAAAGAUAUUGCGAGAGAGUUAUGGCGGAGGCGGCAGCUGGCGGGCGACGGAGCUGAGGCGGAUGCUGAUAUACAGUGGCAGGAUGUUUUAACGGAGAUGAAGAUGGAUAUCGUCCUUGCCUGA